CCUUUCUUCCCCCUCGCCAGAACCCGCCUCCCUUUUGGCCGUGGGGGAGGGGGCUCGUGUCCCCCCCUCCUCGGAGACCCGGUCGGCCCCCGUCCGCUCCAGCCCCCGCGGAGCCGCGCAACUUCCCCGGAGCCGGGGCCAAAGUGAGCGCAAAGUGCUGCCCAAGUUGCCGGGAUGGAGCUGCAGAGCCGGCCCGAGGCGCUCGCCGUGGAACUCGCGCGCCACCAGAACGGCGACCUCAAGAAACAGCUCCACGAGAGGCAGCCGCGGAUCGCCGCGCUCAGCGACAAACAAGCUUUGGGAACCAUCACUGCAGUGCCUGUCACAGGUCCUCAGGUGAGCUCCUUGCAGAGGUUGGCCGGGCAAGGAGCGGCAGUGCUACCUCAGGUUAGGCCAAAGACUCUGAUUCCAGACAGCCUCCCCGUCACCCCGGGCCGGGACCGGCCACCCAAGCAGCCCCCAACCUUCCAGAAGGCCACCGUGGUCAGUAUCAAGAACCCCAGCCCAGCCCUCCCCACUGCCAACAACACCGUGAGCCAUGUGCCAACGCCCGGCAGCCAGCCCCGAGCCCUCGCCGAGCCUGCCACCGUCACCUCUCCUCUGAGCAGUGCCGGGGUGGCCUACGCCCUCAUCUCCACCGCCCCCAGCAAUGCCACCGCCAUGGCCCCCAGCACCGCCGUGUCCGUGGUCAGCGACAGCGUCAAAGUCCAGCCCCUCCUCAUCAGUGCCGACAACCAGGUCAUCAUCAUUCAGCCUCAAGUGCAGACGCAGCCCGAGAGCACGGCGGAGUCGCGGCCGCCCACAGAGGAGCCAUCUCAGGGAGCUCAGGCCACCAAAAAGAAGAAGGAAGACCGGCCCCCGAGCCAGGAGAACCCCGAGAAAAUCGCCUUCAUGGUAGCGCUGGGCCUGGUGACGACGGAGCAUCUGGAAGAAAUCCAGAGCAAGCGCCAGGAGCGGAAGAGAAGAAGCACAGCGAACCCCGCCUACAGCGGCCUCCUGGAGACAGAGAGGAAGCGGCUGGCGUCCAACUAUCUCAACACCCCCCUGUUCCUCACAGCAAGAGCCAAUGAGGACCCCUGCUGGAAGAACGAGAUCACCCACGAUGAGCACUGUACUGCCUGCAAGCGAGGGGCCAACCUGCAGCCCUGCGGUACCUGCCCAGGGGCCUACCACCUCAGCUGCCUGGACCCGCCCCUCAAGACAGCACCCAAGGGCGUGUGGGUGUGCCCCAAGUGCCAGCAGAAGGCCUUAAAGAAAGACGAAGGUGUGCCCUGGACCGGGAUGCUGGCUAUUGUGCACUCCUACGUCACCCAUAAGACAGUCAAAGAAGAGGAGAAGCGGAAACUGCUGCAGAGGGGCAGCGAGCUACAGAGCGAGCGCCGGCAGCUGGAGGAGCGGGACCGGCUCCUGGCCUCGGCAGUGAAGAAAUGCCUGGAGCUUAAGACGAGCCUGCUGGCCCAGCAGAGGGGCACCCAGUCAUCCCUGGACCGCCUGAGGGCCCUCCUGAGACUGAUACAGGGCGAGCAGAUGCUCCAGGUCACCAUGACGACCACCAGCCCCGCCCCGCUGCUGGCCGGGCCCUGGACCAAGCCCUCAGCAGCGGCCAUGCACUCUGCCCUCCAGCACCCCCCGGGGCACAACUGACCCCAAGGGACCCGUCUUCACACCCACGGAAAGUCACUGGGACCCUGUUCGCAAGACCUGAGGGUUCUGUCAGCCUUAAUUCAUACACACUAUGAAUUUCAGACAAAAAUAAAACCAGACAGAGACAGGAAAGAAGGGAGAAGAAGCUGAGUGAGAGUCCUAGAGCCAGGAUGGGUGGGGAUGGAGUCCUGCGCCCUCCAGGUCAGAUGGGACGCCCGGAAGCCAGGUCGGGGCACAGAGUCAACUCCCUGCUGUUGGGGGGCUGCCCGGGCCUCCGGCUUCUGGACACAGCUGUCUCCUGGGCCUCGUGCCACCCCCGCGGGAGAGAGAAGGGCCGAGGUGCCCUGUGGGAGGGGAGCUGAGGACACGACGUAGCCAAGUGGUAGAGCUAGUUGGGGCGAGAGGCGGGUAGCAAAUCUAGGUAGACUCAGCCGCCCGCCCCCACGGGGCCAUCGGGCUCACGCCAGGCCUUCCAGAACGCCCAUCCCUGCUGUCAGUGUUAUUAGCGUUCAGAAUCGCAGCUGUUUAACUUGAAGGACGCUCCCCAGGGGCCGCUGCUGUGGCCCAGCCAGGCCUCCGUCUGCCCCCCGGCCUUGGGGGCGCCCUCGCCGUGCGCCCCCUCCUCCGCUGACUUUCUGGACUCCUCUUGCCCUCGAUGUCUUUUUCUCGUGGAGUUUCUGGGCGAGAGAUGGAGCUGCAGCCACGCCAGGGAGGCGUUUGGCAGGUUUUCUAUUUUGGGUUGAAUCGUUCAACUUAACGACUGAAGCCUUUUCUUUCCUCCUUUGGAAGAGCCGAUAUAGUAUUCCAUUCCUCUUUUCUUGCCAGUACAGACACUAUGCCAAAAAAUAACUUUACAUUUUUGUAUGGCGUUUUUAUUGUGAGAUAUUUAAUGUGAAGGGGACACUCGGUGACUUCUAUUCCUGUUCACAGUGGUCUCUGCUGCCAGGAUGAACGGAAAACCCCUCGGGCGGGGGAGCUGCCAAACUGGAGGGACCCAGAGGGUUUUUUAAGAAGUGGGGGGAGGGGGAGGAAGAGAGGGCAGUGGCCUCGGGAGACUGAAGGGUCCCUCUUGCUGUCUCCAUGAGAGCGAAGGGUGCCCGCCGCCCUGCAUCCGGGAUGGGCCGUGCAGGCUCGUCACGCCCACUGGCUUCUCCAGUCCCGAGGGACUUAGCACAACAAGAUGAGCAUCCGGGAGCCACAGGACUCCCACCCCCCGCACAUCACACGGUGCCGAAUUGCAUUGAACAUACGUGUGCGUGUGCGCACGUGGCCCCAGACACGCAUGCACGCACACUGCCAGGUGCAGAGCAAGGAGGCUGGCCGGAAUCCUGCAGACUGCCAUGGUCCCUCCUGUCAUUUUCACGACUCCGGGAGAAACUGUGCUGUACGAUACAGAUCUAUUUUAAUACACUUAACACUGGGUUGAACAAGAUUUUUAUAUUCUUUUAUUGAUGAACAAAGUGAACUGUAAGACACACGUCUUAUAUAUUGGUUACUCUAGAUGCCAAUUACGCAUUACCGCGUGGCUUGCGAUGUAAAUGUCUUCAGGUUCCUUCUUUUGUUGGUUGGUUUUUCUUCUUGGAUGGAUUGAAUUAAAUUUUUUUAAAAAUGUAACGGGAAGAUAUGAAAGGUUGGACCCGGGAGGGGUAGCUGCCAAUGUGUCUUGAGACUUAGUUUUUUGGACCAAGGAGGACCGUCCGAUGGAUAGCGGGACUAGAGAAAAAGUGUUUGUCUUAAAUAUGCCGAUGUAGUUUUCCUCUGUACGAUGCAUUAAACUCGAUGGAUGGUUUCAAA